AUGACUUUCAACAUGAUUCAAAACUUUGCUCAACAAGAGCCCGUCUACGAGUCCAUCCCGGGCACUCCAUACACGCCCGCAACCUCUUUGGGAUACAGCAGCGAUGGCGAUGAAAAGGGAUACUACCGCAAAGGCCAUGCUCAGGGCAACGCCAUUCAGUUGCCCACGCUUUCGCGAUUCUUGGCCGACUUCACCCUGGGUUUUGCAGAUGGCUUGACGGUGCCAUUUGCUCUGACUGCAGGUCUUUCUUCCUUGGGUCAAACCAACACGGUCAUUCUGGCGGGAAUGGCAGAAAUUGCUGCAGGCAGCAUCAGCAUGGGAAUUGGAGGUUAUCUAUCGGCCCGCGGCGAUAUUGCCGCGGCGGCAGCCUCGAAAAAGGACACACAAAACAAGCUCGGCGACCACGCACAUUUCGAUCAAGAAAAGGCGGCCGAGAGAAGAACGACUACUAUUCUAGAGGAGCAUCUCGGUCCCCUGCGUCUGCCGCAACACCUGUACGAUGCCGUGAGGGCUCACGUCAAUGCGCAGCCCGGCGUCGCUGCUGCUAUUCUCGAACAGCGACAGAGCCUGCAGGAUGCCAAUGAUUCCGAUGGCGACGACGAACUCUGCUCUCCAGUCUGGAAUGGUCUAUCCGUGGCCAUGGGUUAUCUCCUCGGCGGUCUUUUGCCACUCUUUCCCUACUUUUUCGUGGCCGAAGUUUGCGCUGGCCUCAAGUGGAGUUUUGGCGUCUGCGUCUUGGCCUUGUUCAUCUUUGGCUUUACCAAACACUACCUCUUGCAGGAAGAGGUUGAAGACAAGCACUGGAGUCGUGCCUGGGACUACCAAGUCCGAAGAUUGAACAGAAUCAAGGAGAGUGUGUGGGAAGGUUUGCAAAUGGUGGUACUUGGAAGCAUUGCUGCUUUUGCUGCUCUUUUAUGUGUCAAGGCUUCUGAAUCAAUCGUCUCGUGA